GAGUGACGUGUGAGGACCCACCAUGGCACUUGGCGGGUCCGACCCCGUUCCCCGGGGGGUGCAGUCAAAGGCCUGAUCUUCCUCCCGGGAGAAUUUUACUGGUGAUCGACUUAAAUGACCGGAUCUCCGCGCUACCCUGCACACUAUGAUCUAAUGAAUCGGCGGAUCCGCCUUUGACUGCAGCUUCGACCCGAGAAGGCCCCGCGAGGAGGAGGAGGAGAAGUUUAAGCUCCGGCUCUGGCUCGAGCGAGAAGAGUGCACCGAGGAGAUCAGCAGCCUCUUCCAUAGAGAUCGGAUCGAGCAGCUUUCGGCCCUCGGGCGUGGAAAUUUUACGGGCCGCUGCGUGCAAUCCAGCGCAGUCGUCGGGGAGGCCGAAGGACCAGAACUUGCGUAAACGGGCCGAGCAGCGAUUGAGGGACGGAAGGCCGGGGAGGGCUCCCAGCAGAAGCUUCGGGGACCGGGCGAGGCAUAAAGGUGGGGGGGAGUUCGGACUUCUUCCGCCUGUCAGCUGGAGUGAAGCCGGAUGCGUCGCUGGCUGCCAGAGAAAGUUUAGUCGCGGGAAUACAGAAAGGGAGAACGCAAGCGAACGCAACGUUGGAGACGAUUACUUUAGUGGUUUUGAGGGAGGGGGCGACGAAGACCGCAGGGGGUGUAUAUAAGACGGUUUCGGUCGAGGGGCGAGACCGCGAGCAAGGCGACGUCUUGUGGGUGCCAGCUUCGGUCGUUGUCGUUGUCGUCCUCGUCCUCGGCAGCCCCACCUCACUGGCUCUUCUGGCUCCAGUUCUAGAAGAUUUGGUGCCGGAACGGUCGAAGACUUCGGGGAAUCUUACAGACUAAGGUUUCUCCGAUUCUUCGUGUGCUGUUGUCCAUCCUCAUCAGCAUCAUACCCACCACCAUCAUUCCACCUUGCGAGCGAGCGAGAGAGCUUGUGAGGCACCCCAUCCCAUCGGAGACACUUGUGCCUCGAGAAUCCGAGAAGCCAUCUGCCCGAGCCUUCUUCUCGCAGUUGGUGGUUUUUGUCUGUUGGGAGAUAGUGAAUAGCGGAGGGAGGGAGGAAUAGAAGAGCAUCCGCAGCAGGAGUCGCUGGAAAUCUGCAGUGAUUCCUUUGAUCUGUUUCGCACGAGAACGAAGGCUUCGUCCUGGAGUCCAUCUCGUCAUCGUUGACUCGAUCCAGUCUUUCAGGGUGACUGAUCGACUGGGCCGGAGUCGCAGGCUAGUCCACGUAUCUAUCGAGAGAGGGAAUAAGAUGGCCGAACGACAUAUUGGAGUUGCCUUGGACUUCUCCCCUAGCAGUAAUUAUGCGCUCAAGUGGGCUUUGGACAAUCUCGUGAGAGAUGGCGACACUUUGUUUCUCAUUCUGGUCAACAAGAACACCGAUCUCGAGGAAAGCAAGAUUCAUCUGUGGGGCGUUUCUGGAUCUCCUUUGAUCCCUUUCGUAGAGUUCACUGAUUCACAUGUUUUGAAGAACUACGGUUUGGAUUCCAACGAAGAGGUGAACACCCUCGUCGCAGAGGCUCUCAAGGAGAAAAAGAUCAAGGUGUUAGGAAAGGUCUACUACGGAGACGCACGAGAGAAACUCUGCGACGCUAUUCUUGACCUCUCCAUGGACGCACUGGUGAUGGGUAGCAGAGGACUCGGUGGUCUGAAGAGGGUAUUUUUGGGAAGUGUGAGCAAUUACGUGGUAAACAAUGCUCCGUGCCCGAUCACAGUUGUAAAGCUGCCAGAAUCUUCUUCGUCAUAGGGCCACGGCCACACGCGCACCACUAACGGAAAGAUGCUGCCGGCGGCGCUUCGAGGAUAUGGUCAGGCCGGAUUAGAGGCACGCAGCGCUAAAUUGUACACUACAAGAUUACAUCAUUGUGUUUGGAAGUUGUCCGUCCUCCACACGGAAAACGAGGAAACAUGUUGUUUUGUGUAUACCUGUUAGGUCUCCAGCUUCCAAGUCUACGAGUGCAUGGUAUAUAGUCUUGUUGUAUUGAGGAGAUGGUCAUAUUUCCGAGUUUCUGGGAAUCGAAUGACCGCCUCUCGAAGCUACUCCUCUGUACUCCUUGCAUAUGCCAAGGAGACCAGAUCUUUUACCUUGUGAAAAUCGGUUUCCGUUGAAACCCCCAAAUGCAUUCGAAAACGAACUAUAGUUUUACCA